AUGUCUUACUCAUACCAUACUACCUAUUUACCUAGUACAAGCAGUACGCCACUGUAUGAAAUAUACAGACUAUUUAGUAACAAGGAAAACAAUAUGAAAGAUGAAUUACAACAUUUUCAUGACGAGCUGCUCAUUUGGAAACACAAUACCAUUAUAGAAAUCACUCGACACGUUGAUAUAGAAGUAAGAAAAUUAAAUGAACUACGCAAUGACAUUGUAAAAGAUAUUAUUAAAAAGAGAGAUGAGUAUGCAACAACGAUCGGUUAUUAUAUCAAUAAAAAUCCUGACGAGGUGGAUAAGAUCUUUAGUCAAUGUGAAAAAUUAAAGUUUGAAUUAGAGAAAAUACGAUAUAAAACGACUGAACUUAAUUGGCCUUGCGUACCAGAAAAAUGCACCGUAAAAUCUACAGACACGGAUAAUCAAAAUGGAACAUUUAUUGGCAAAUUGGAUAGUGACACAGCAUCAACAACAGAUAAACGUCAAACUGCUGUGAAACUUCCUACUACACCUACAGAUAUUUCAAGAGACAAAAAUCGAUCACCUAGCUCAAGGAAGUAAGUAGUGCUUUUUCGUCUCUAUUCGUAAACUAUUGAAAUGUGUAUUUUCCAUAUAGAGUAGUGUGGGGGAAAGAGAGACACCUUUUCAAUUUUUUGUGUGUCAAUUCAAGUGUCUCUUUUUUCCCCACUCCGGGUAAAAUGAGACACUUCACUAGUCUGCUUGGAGUAAAAAGAGACACUCCAUUCAAAUACAUGGAAUUUUAAUUAAUAAUUGACUGUGAGGUAAGCUUUAGAGAUAAUUACUUAGGGCAUACCAAAAGUUCGUAGAGUGAUACCUUAAUACCUUAUGAUAAGCUUUAAGUAACUUUCUUUCUAUAUAGUUUGAUAGAGAAAAGAAUGCUCUAUUUUUCUAUGCUAUUUGAUCAU